AUGGCUCCAUCCGGUCGUCGUCGCGCCGGGCGAACUCUGCGUCGCACCCGCUGUAUAAGUAAUGUUGAUGGAUCUAACUCUACGCGUUUUAUCAGUAGUAAUGAGCCACUGCAAGCCAUUGGAGAAAAUGCCGUCGUGGAUCGUGCGGCCGACGACGCGCUGGAUGUCGCUAAGAGCUUGCGUUUGGGCCUCCCAUAUACAACUCAAGCAACCUUCAAGGCCAGGAAGAAACGCAAGGAGCGGCUUGAGACUCUACUAGAUGAGCUAGAGACGCAAGGUGCAGACGAUACAUAUGAAAAAUGUGAUGAAGUGGUGGCAGAUGCGGAGAGACGUGCACAAGAGCUCAUGAUGGAACUUAAGGUCCAGUUGCUCUUUCUUCCAGAGGCCGUCCGUCAGCUGCCGUGGAAAACCUUCGUGGAAGAUUUCGAUGGUGACUUUCAAAAUGCUAUCCAUGGCUUGUCUCAGUCACAAAAAUCUAUGCAAGCGUCACCUUUACUAUCUCGAUCGUCUGUGAAUCGAUACGACAUUGUGGCUGCGACUCCUAGCAGCGUUGACGAUCAUGACAUAAGCGAGCGUCAAGAUGAAGCGUUUUUAAGAGACCACGAUACAUGGAAACGUCGUAUGUCAGCAUUUUUAACGCCCAUGGACCAACGUCGGAUAGGAAAAGUCCCUUCGACGGUUUUGCGUACAGCCCGCAAGGGUGAAACCAUCUUUUCAGCUCGAGGUUCCCCCAUCGUUUCCAGUACUGUGGCUAAUGCCAAGGCCCCUGUCGGGUCAUUGAUUGCUACCUUUGAAAAAGGAUUAGAACCGACGUCAUGCUGCAUACAACUCGACAGUGAGCGUGUUCUCGACUUAUCUCGGCCAGAAAAGCUAUCAGCAAAGUCACGUGGAGAAGCAACAUCAAAGCUUAAAGCACUCCAGGCCAAGGUGGCACAGAUUCUACUCCAGAUUAAUCCAUCUUCUGUUCAGAGCGGUACGAGUGCUGCAAAAUACACCCACACGGAAAGUAGGCAAUUGGGGUAA